GCUGGGGAACUUUUUCCCCAUUUUGAGGCCAGGGGAAAGGGAAUGCCCAAUCCAGAGAGACAUGGGGGCAAGAAGGACGGGAGUGGAGGAGCUUCUGGAACUUUGCAGCCGUCAUCGGGAGGUGGCAGCUCCAACAGCAGGGAGCGUCACCGCUUGGUGUCGAAGCACAAGCGGCAUAGGUCCAAGCACUCCAAAGACAUGGGGUUGGUGACCCCCGAAGCAGCACCUUUGGGUACAAUUAUCAAACCUUUGGUGGAGUAUGAUGACAUUAGCUCUGAUUCCGAUACCUUCUCUGACGACAUGGCCUUCAAACUGGACCGGAAGGAGAAUGAUGAACGUCGCGGGACUGAUCGGAGUGACCGCCUGCACAAACACCGUCACCACCAGCACAGACGUUCCCGGGACUUACUAAAAACUAAACAGUCAGAGAAAGAAAAAAACCUGGAAGCCUCCAGCAAGUCGGGAUCGAUGAAGGACCGGAUAUCAGGAAGUUCAAAGCGUUCAAAUGAGGAGAAUGAUGACCAUGGGAAGACGCAGAUCUCCAAAAGCAGCAGCAACAAGGAAUCCAGGUCAUCCAAACUCCAUAAGGAGAAGACCCGGAAAGAACGUGAGUUGAAGUCCGGGCACAAAGACCGGAGUAAAAGUCAUCGGAAAAGGGAAACACCCAAAAGUUACAAAACCGUGGACAGCCCCAAACGGAGGUCCAGGAGUCCCCACCGGAAGUGGUCGGACAGCCCCAAGCAAGACGAUAGCCCCUCAGGAGCUUCUUACGGCCAAGAUUAUGACCUUAGUCCCCCGAGAUCUCACACCUCUAGCAAUUACGACUCCUACAAGAAGAGUCCGGGAAGUACCUCAAGAAGGCAGUCAAUCAGCCCACCUUACAAGGAGCCUUCGGCCUACCAGUCCAGCACACGGUCACCCAGUCCCUACAGUAGACGACAGAGGUCUGUGAGUCCCUAUAGCCGGCGACGUUCUUCCAGCUAUGAAAGGAGUGGCUCUUACAGUGGGAGAUCACCCAGUCCCUACGGCCGAAGGCGGUCCAGCAGCCCUUUCCUGAGCAAGCGCUCUCUGAGCCGGAGUCCGCUCCCCAGUAGAAAAUCCAUGAAGUCUAGAAGUAGAAGUCCCGCAUAUUCAAGACACUCAUCUUCUCAUAGUAAAAAGAAGAGAUCCGGGUCACGCAGUCGACAUUCCAGUAUCUCACCUGUCAGGCUUCCACUGAACUCCAGCUUGGGAGCUGAACUCAGUAGGAAAAAGAAGGAAAGAGCAGCAGCUGCUGCAGCAAAAAUGGAUGGAAAGGAAUCCAAGGGUUCACCUAUAUUUUUGCCUAGAAAAGAGAACAGUUCAGUAGAGGCUAAGGAUUCAGGCUUGGAGUCUAAAAAGUUACCCAGAGGUGUAAAAUUGGAAAAAUCUGCCCCAGAUACCGAACUGGUGAAUGUAACACAUCUUAAUACAGAGGUCAAAAAUUCUUUAGAUACAGGGAAAAUAAAGUUGGAUGAAAACUCUGAGAAGCAUCCUGUUCUUAAAGAUUCGAAAGGACAGGGAACAAGAGACUCUAAACCUGUAGCACUGAAAGAGGAGAUUGCUACUCCAAAAGAGACAGAGACAUCUGAAAAGGAGACCCUUCCACCUCUUCCCACAGUUACUUCUCCACCUCCUUUACCAACUACUACCCCUCCACCUCAGACACCCCCCUUGCCACCUUUGCCUCCACUACCAGCUCUUCCACAGCAACCACCUCUGCCUCCUCCCCAACCAGCAUUUAGUCAGGUUUUUUCUUCUAGUACUUCAACUUUGCCCCCUUCUGUUCACCCAAGGACAUCAACUCUGUCCUCUCAGGCAAAUUCUCAGCCCCCUGUACAGGUUUCUGUGAAGACUCAAGUGUCUGUAACAGCUGCUAUUCCACACCUAAAAACUUCAACGUUGCCUCCUCUGCCCCUCCCACCCUUAUUACUGGGAGAUGAUGACAUGGAUAGUCCGAAAGAAACUCUACCUUCAAAACCUGUAAAGAAAGAGAAGGAACAAAGGCCACGUCACCUACUCACAGACCUCCCUCUCCCUCCAGAGCUCCCUGGUGGGGAUCCAUCUCCCCCAGACUCUCCAGAACCAAAGACAAUCACACCACCUCAGCAACCAUACAAAAAGAGACCAAAAAUUUGUUGUCCUCGUUAUGGAGAAAGAAGACAAACAGAAAGUGACUGGGGGAAACGCUGUGUGGACAAGUUUGACAUUAUUGGGAUUAUUGGAGAGGGAACCUAUGGCCAAGUAUAUAAAGCCAAGGACAAAGACACAGGAGAGCUAGUGGCCCUGAAGAAGGUGAGACUGGACAAUGAGAAAGAGGGCUUCCCAAUCACAGCCAUUCGUGAGAUCAAAAUCCUUCGUCAGCUAAUCCACCGAAGUGUUGUUAACAUGAAGGAAAUUGUCACAGAUAAACAAGACGCGCUGGAUUUCAAGAAGGACAAAGGAGCCUUUUACCUUGUAUUUGAGUAUAUGGACCAUGACUUAAUGGGACUGUUGGAAUCUGGUUUGGUGCACUUUUCUGAGGAUCAUAUCAAGUCAUUUAUGAAACAGCUAAUGGAAGGACUGGAUUACUGUCACAAAAAGAAUUUCCUGCAUCGGGAUAUUAAGUGUUCUAACAUUUUGCUGAACAACAGUGGGCAAAUCAAACUAGCAGAUUUUGGACUUGCUCGGCUCUAUAAUUCUGAAGAGAGCCGCCCUUAUACAAACAAAGUCAUUACUCUGUGGUACCGACCUCCAGAACUUCUGCUGGGAGAGGAGCGUUAUACGCCAGCAAUAGAUGUUUGGAGCUGUGGAUGCAUCCUUGGGGAACUGUUCACAAAGAAGCCAAUUUUUCAAGCCAAUCUGGAACUGGCUCAGCUAGAACUGAUCAGUCGACUCUGUGGUAGCCCUUGUCCAGCUGUGUGGCCUGAUGUUAUCAAGCUGCCCUACUUCAAUACAAUGAAACCGAAGAAGCAAUAUAGAAGGCGCCUACGAGAAGAAUUCUCUUUCAUUCCUUCAGCAGCACUUGAUUUACUGGACCACAUGCUGACGUUAGAUCCUAGCAAACGCUGUACAGCUGAACAGACCCUACAGAGUGACUUCCUUAAAGAUGUCGAGCUCAGCAAAAUGGAUCCUCCAGACCUCCCCCACUGGCAGGAUUGCCAUGAAUUAUGGAGUAAGAAACGGCGACGGCAGCGACAAAGCGGUGUUUUGGUAGAGGAGCCACCUCCACCCAAAGCCUCUCGAAAAGAAACUAUCUCAGGGACAAGUGCUGAGCCUGUGAAGAACAGCAGCCCAGCACCACCUCAGCCUGCUCCUGGCAGGGUGGAGCCUGGGGCUGGGGAUGCAAUAGGCCUCGGUGACAUCACACAGCAGUUGAAUCAAAGUGAAUUGGCAGUGUUAUUGAACCUGCUCCAGAGCCAAACUGACCUGAGUAUUCCUCAAAUGGCGCAGCUGCUUAACAUCCACUCCAAUCCAGAGAUACAGCAGCAGCUGGAGGCCCUGAACCAAUCCAUCAGUGCCCUAACAGAAGCCACUUCCCACCAGCAGGACUCAGAGCCCACAGCCCCAGAGGAAUCUUUGAAGGAGGCACCCCCUGCCCCAGUGGUCCAACCUUCCGCAGAACAGACAACCCCUGAAGCUUCAAGCACACCAGCUGACAUGCAGAAUAUGUUGGCAGUUCUCUUGAGUCAACUAAUGAAAACCCAGGAGCCAGCAGGCAACCUGGAGGAAAACAACAGUGACAAGAACAGUGGGCCACAGGGGCCCCGAAGAACUCCCACAAUGCCACAGGAGGAGGCAGCAGCAUGUCCUCCUCACAUUCUUCCACCAGAGAAGAGGCCCCCUGAGCCCCCCGGACCUCCACCGCCGCCACCUCCACCCCCUCUGGUUGAAGGCGAUCUUUCCAGCGCCCCCCAGGAGUUGAACCCAGCCGUGACAGCCGCCUUGCUGCAACUUUUAUCCCAGCCUGAAGCAGAGCCUCCUGGCCACCUGCCACAUGAGCACCAGGCCUUGAGACCAAUGGAUUACUCCACCCGACCCCAUCCCAACAGGACUUAUGGAAACAAUGAUGGGCCUGAAACAGGGUUCAGUGCCACUGACACUGAUGAACGCCACUCUGGUCCAGCCUUGACAGAAUCCUUGGCCCAGACCCUGGUGAAGAACAGGACCUUCUCGGGCUCUGUGAGCCACCUUGGGGAGUCUAGCAGUUACCAGGGCACAGGGUCAGUGCAGUUCCCAGGGGACCAGGACCUCCGUUUUGCCAGGGUCCCCUUAGCAUUACACUCAGUGGUCGGGCAACCAUUCCUGAAGGCUGAGGGAAGCAGCAACUCUGUGGUACAUGCAGAGACCAAAUUGCAAAACUAUGGGGAGCUGGGGCCAGGAACCACUGGGGCCAGCAGCUCAGGAGCAGGCCUUAACUGGGGGGCCCCAGCUCAGUCUUCUGCUUAUGGAAAACUCUAUCGGGGGCCUACAAGAGUCCCUCCAAGAGGGGGAAGAGGGAGAGGAGUUCCUUACUAACCCAGAGACUUCAGAGUCCUGAAAGAUUCCUUCCCUAUCCAUCCUUCCACCCAGUCCUCUGAACCUUUAAUGAAAUCAUUUGCCAGAGCGAGGUAAUCAUCUGCAUUUGGCUACUGCAAAGCUGUCUGUUGUAUUUCUUGCUCACUUGCCACUAGCAAGCGACUUAUAAAAUAGUGAUGUUGGCAUCAGUUCCCCCUGGAUGGGCUAUAGCCAGAACAUUUACUUCAGCUCUACCUAGUAAAUAUAAGUAGAGAAUACGGAGAGGGUCAUUAAAUUGAAAAGUAAAUGUUUAAUUAGAUCAUUGCCUGUACUUCUUGAGCAGAAGAAAAAGGAAACAGUUUCAAUUUUGAGAUGGUUCAGGAGAGGCUCUCUUUAGGUUUUUAAAGUUUUGUGGGUUUUUUGUUUUUGUUUUUUUAAGAGAAUAGUGUUCACAAAAUUUGAGCUGCUCUUAGGCUUUUGCUAUAAGGGAAACAGAGUGACUGGCUGAUUUAAAUAAAUGUUUCCUUCCUCUCCACCAUCUCACAUUUUUGCUUUCAAGUGAACUCUUUUUUUACCCCAUUGAGCAUCUUGAACAUACCUUUUUUCCAAAUAAAUUGCUUGUCCUUAAAGUUUACUCCACUUUGAGAAAAGACAUGCCCUAUCUCUCCCUGCACAUGAAGCAGGUUGUAGAAAGUGGCAUUCUUGGGCAAGUAGGUAGACUUUACCCCAUCUCGUACCUUUUUUACCCCAUCUUUAUAGUUUUUCUUUCGCUCACUCGCUCUCUGUAUUCUCUUUUUUUUGAGGCAUUUGUUUGGAAAAAAUUAAUUGUUGAGAUGCCCAAAAACCUGGGAUAAUUCUUUACUUUUUUUGAAAUAAAGGAAAGGAAAUUCAAACUCCUA